AAGAAGUUUGUGGUCGCAGUGCUUGUGUCACGUGGCAAGCGGUAAUAGGAAGUUGGAAGCGGUAGAGAGAAAAGGUCGUUCCGUCUCGAUCCAUUUUCUUCGUCUCCCUCUUCUCUCUCUCUCUCUGUCUCUGGAGAAGGCGAUUUCUCGACCAGUGAAGCGGCGUCGCUUACCACACCGAUCGAAAGCUCAAACCCCGCAUCGAAUCUUCAGCAGUCUCACUAAUCUCUCUCACUCGACGGUAGAUUUCGGAGGCCGUCAUCUAUUCUCACCCAAUCCAGAAGGAUCUCGCCGUCGUCCUCCGAAUCGAAACGCUACAAGGUUUAAGUGGCUCAGCCUUAACACUCCUAAACCUAGUGGGAGUUCAAAGCGAAACGCUGGAGAGUUUGGUUCGCAAACAUCUAACACUACUGUUGGUGAUGAAGAGGCGCGUCCAGAGGGUAGCAAGGCAGCUAAAGCUAGAAAGAAUAAUACUCAAGGAAUAAAAUCUAUGGCUGAUUUUACGACUGUCAUGGAGUUGAAGAAGGAUGAUCUCCUGCUGAAGGAGAGAUUGUCAAAGCUUGCCAUUCUGGACACACUCCUAGCCAAGCCAGGACCACUAAGCGAGCCUGAGGAAGUUGUGAAGAACAAGCUGCUCGCUCUGUAUUUCUGAAAAUGUUAUCGCAUUUAUUAUGUUUAUUUAAAAUGGGGAUAUAUAGUUACAGCCAACCUUCAGAUUCUGCAGAGUAUGGUGGAGAGACAUCUGAGUACAGCGAGACGGAAGACCUCAUCCGUCGUGACCAGGAAGAGUUGAGCUUGCAAUAUGGUGACACGGCUCAGUACCCUCUGCAGUACCCUCCACAACCGGAGGUGGAGUUUGGAUUCCCCCAGGUUUGCUACUGUGGUGGUGCACCAAAGUUAGCUACAUCAUAUACUAGGCUUGAUCCAGGGAGGAGAUACUACACCUGCGAGCACGUGGAUGAUGGAGAAUGCCAUGUGUGGAAAUGGUGGGACGUCGCAGUCAUGGAGGAGAUGAGGGCGAGGGAUAAACACGUUCUUCAGUUGGAGGAAAAGGUAGACAAUCUGAACCUUCUGAGUGACUAUGAGACAGAUGAGAAGGUGCUUAGGCUAGAGCAGUUAGUUUGUGACUUGGCAAAGAAGGAAUCUAGUUUUAUAAAUGGCUUUGAGGUAUUCAUUGGUGUAAUGCUCAUCGUUUUAGUUGUACUAGGGUUGGUGAUCGGAUUGAAGUGAUUCGUCAUUGGUGCAUUGAGAACGUGAUAAUGCUCAUCUUUUUAGUUUCAAGCGUAGUGAACUUUUAAUUAUAAAGACUAAUGUAAUGAAGGAUGUAUCUCUACUGUGAACUUUAAAGUCAGAGUUUUAAUUAUAAAGACUAAUGUUGUAACAAACAUCCCUUCUCACCAUAAAUUGUUGGUCCGUGAAACUUUAAAACAAAAACGUUUUCCCUCCUAAAGAAACAUUGUUGGUCCGUGAUACUUGAAAACAAAACAUAUUUUCUCACAAACAAACAUUGAUGUGUAAGACUCACGAGCGUUUGUUUUUUAUUGCCACAACAAAACAAUAUAGAAUCACAAGUUGUAUAAUUUAAAUCACACUAGUAUCACAAGAUACACUUAUUUCAUUCUAUAAAUAUGAUAGAUCGUUGGAAAUUUUAAGACAUCCCUCUUCUUAUACCAAAUCUUCUUCUCUAUCAUAAAUUUUAAAUUUUUUUUUUCAAAAAUCAAAUGGCAUCUUCUUCUCAUUAUCACUACCACAUAAAUGAUGAUGAUGAAAUCGAUUCCAUGUUAGAUGAUUAUGCUGAAACCUUUGAGCUUAUUCCAGAACCAAAAGAGCGAAAGAAACUUAUUUUUAUCGAGAGGCACCGAGAAGAAGGCCACCAAAUGCUCUGGGAUGAUUACUUUAGCGAGACUCCAACUUACACGCCCCAAUUAUUCCGGAGACGGUUUCGAAUGAACAAAUCAUUGUUCCUGCGUAUUGUGCAUCGUCUCUCUACGGAAAUACCGUAUUUUAAACCAAGAGAAGAUUGUACCGGCCGGUCUAGUCUAACACCGCUACAAAAAUGUACUGCAGCAAUUCGACAGUUGGCAUAUGGCGGUGCAGCUGAUUCACUUGAUGAGUAUGUCCGACUUGCUGAAACGACAGCUCGGAAAUGUUUGCACAAUUUUACGGAAGGUAUAAUCAGCUUGUUUGGUGAUGAAUACUUACGACGUCCCACACAAGAGGAUCUGCAAAGACUACUCUAUAUUGGAGAACAACGUGGGUUCCCGGGGAUGAUUGGAAGCAUCGACUGUAUGCAUUGGGAGUGGAAGAAUUGCCCCACGGCUUGGAAAGGAAUGUAUUCACGAGGAACCGAAAAACCAACUAUUGUUUUGGAGGCCAUAGCUUCAAGUGACCUCUGGAUAUGGCAUGCGUUUUUUGGAGCUCCAGGUACUAUGAACGAUCUUAAUAUUCUUGAUCGAUCACCCGUUUUUGAUGACAUUAUUAACGGAAUUGCGCCAGAAGUGAACUUCUAUGUUAAUGGUAAUCCAUACCAUUUGGCAUAAUAUCUCACUGAUGGUAUUUAUCCUAAAUGGGCGACUUUUAUUCAAUCUAUCCGACUUCCACAAAGUGAGAAACAUUCGUUAUUUGCUAAAACCCAAGAAGCUGUUCGAAAAGAUGUGGAGCGUGCCUUCGGAGUUCUGCAAGCUAGAUUUGCCGUAGUGAAAAAUCCAUCCAAGUUAUGGGAUAAAGACAAAAUAUCAAAUAUUAUGAAAGCAUGCAUCAUACUCCAUAAUAUGAUUGUCGAGGAUGAAAGAUCAACAUACUCUCAGUAUAACGUGAGAGAAUUCCAAGAAAGCGAGGAAGAGGAUACAUUCACCGUUACUCCAAAUUCAAAUCUCGGCACUGCAAUGGAUCGUCGAUCGAGCGUUCGUAACAGGCAAGCCCAUGAACAAUUAAAAUUCGAUUUGAUUGAAAAUAUUUGGGCUAAAUUUCGACAUUUUCCAAAUAACCAGUGAUUUUUAAGUUUCUAUGAAUUGAAUAAAAUGUGUGUUUUAUGAAUUUUUUUUUUAUGUAUGGAAUGUAUUAAAAUGUUUGUAAUUUUAAUUAAAUGAAAUUUAUUUCCUCUUUUUAAUGUAUUGAAUAUAAAUGGAUAUAUCUUAAUUAUUACUUAUUAAUUAAAUAAAUAUUUUAUACUUAAGAACCUUUCAAAAGUUCCAUUGAUAAUGUUGUAUUUUAUUGAAGUAUCUUAGAAAACUUCUUAGACUAAAAAUAGUAAUUAAAAAUUCUAAGAUGU